ACCCUUUUCGGGCGAUAACCUGAUCAACGUUAUGCGCGACCACAAGCACGCCACCAAUAGACCCACAAAUAACCCCGCCACACGAAUCUACCCGUUCAAGCUGACCUAAGAUGAUUCCCGAAGUGUCAUGUCUUUCCGGUUCUCAGAAGGUAACUUUUGGCCCCUCUUGGGUUGCAGAAGACAAUUGGUGGGAUUGCUAUGACUAUGAACAAGGUUAUGACGCGCAGUCGCUGCUCACCACACGGUGUCGGAUUCGUAAUUCUUGGUGCAAUAGUGAGGAGUGUGACGACGAACGUGCGGAGUAUCAUGGCAACUUCCCCCACGAGCAAACCGAUCUAGCAAUACCAUCGUUAUGGGGUGUUGGAGGCAAGGGCACCGCCAAUCAAAGCCCCAUGAUGAUGAAAGUUCCGAACAUUGCGCUAAUUAGGCUGCUCAUCACUGGGUACCGGCUUAGUGGCACCACGCCAGUUAUUGCGACAAACUAUCGAUCGGAGUCGUGUGGGACUUGGAUUAAACAGAGGUUGCACUCGACGAAUCUCCGAAAAUGCCGGAUGCCCCUACUAGCCCUGCUUGUUCGUAGGUGAGAGCGACCAAUUUGGAAGCGGUCCCGCAGAUAGCCAAGCCUACCUCAAACAAGGAGAUU